ACACAGCCGGCCACUGCCUCCAUCAUCGGCCUCUUCCUUGAACGGAUGAGACUCCUGCUGCUUCUCCUUCUGUACCCUUCUUCUCAUCUCUAUUUCACACUUCCCCUUACCCUGACGCUGCGCCGUGCUCCCUAUUGAACUGCAGAAAUAUUCGUUAUUUCCCUCAUUAAACCACUCCUACUAACGGUAUUACGAACAACGGAAGCUUAUGAGAUUCGAAACGCCAAACAAAUUUCGCCUGCAUCAGCGACCGGAAGCCCUUAUCUUCUUUACCAGUCAUUUAUUAUUAUUAUAUACUAUCAAUACUAAUAUUCCACUAGCGAGAUUAAAAAUAUAUAUAUACCAUAAUUCCAGGUACUAUAAAAUUGUAUUUACCCCAAUGUCUCACCUAUCAUCUACGUAGCACGCGCACAAGAACGCCACGUUCACAGAAGACGAAGGACACCAGCGCGCGCUUUCGUGUUACGCUUUUUUCCCCUGCCCACUUUCCUCGUAUCUCACUGCGCCGAGUGAAGUAGAGAAUUCUGUACUCCCGUUUCAAGCGAGAAGAAAUGGCCAACGUCGACUCGAGGUGUACGCAGAGCCAGGACGAAGGCGCAGAUGCACCCGCCCUUGCCGAAUCACCGCGUCGGGCGUCGUCUUCAUACACGCUUCGCUCCUUCAGCACCGCGCUCGACGACUACCAGGAGUGCCGGAGCCUGUCGCACCUGGGCAUCCUGAUGCCGAUCUACCUGAUUCCGCUGCUUUUCCUAGGGAUGAAGAUUGGCGGCAGCCUCUACUGCCUGUUCCUUCCGCUCCUGCUUUGGGCAUUCAACUCGCUACCCAAACCAGGUGCGGCGUUGAUACAUCUGGUCACCGUGCCGCUUAUGGGACUCAUGGAAGCGGAACAGGUCGCCCGCCAAUACCUGACAGUGGACGCCCUCGUCCUGGCCCUAGUGUUCUUCCUGGUCGUGAUUGUCGAUCGCUGGAGCGAGCUGGCGCUGUGCCUGGCGAACGGCAUCUGCGAGCGAUUCGGACUGCGCCGCGGCAAGCUGUUCGUGGUCGCCUGCCUGUGCAGCUUCGCGUGUGCGUCGCUCCUUUCCGGCAUAGUGGUGUCGACCACGCUGCUCUACCUCCUGGACCGUGUGCUGUCCGUCAUCUUCAAAGAGAACAUGGACCGGCCCCCGGAGCUGCUCCGCCGUGGCUCGCAGCUUGGCUCGCAGCAUGAUUCGAGCUCGGUGCGCUCCAUGAUCCCUUCGGACCAGGUGCUGUUCGACCGGCUCUCGCAGGUCGUGCUUACCAUGGAGAAGCCGGAGAACACGAAAAGUGGCUUCGCCAGGAAACAGAGGGGCACCGGAGGCAAUGGCGACAAGACGGGGACCACUUCUCGGCCACAGACCGGACACGGGAGCAGCGCCGCACCGGCGACGGAUGACGCGCCCCAAGUUCAGGAAAAAACUGGGCCGAGGCGCCGUUUCAGCCUAUGGCGCCAGCUCUGGUCCAACAGGCCGUCCAUAGACUCGCAGGAGCCCAUGCACGUGCUGACGAAGGUUCCGGGAACGUUCAGCGAAAUCCAGCCAACCGGGGAGCAUACUAUAGCAGAUGGUUCGGUCAAGCCAGCUGGAACGACUACUUCGAAAUUUGGGUCAUCUUCGGCAAAACAUGAUAGUGCCGCGUCCUUCGUCCAAGCAUCUCAAGCGCCUUGCGAUCCUGGCCUUGUUCGAAUAGACGUUGCAGACGGAAGAGGAUCCACCAACCCUACUACACCGUCCACUACUGUCAAGCAGAGUGGGCCACUUGGACAUCCCAAAGACCCGAGACCAGAUCCCUCACAGCGCCAUGCUUCCUCAGUACCGAUAUCUGAAUGUGAAGAAGUAAAGCAAAAUGCCUCGGUAUCGCAAGCAGAGAGCUCUUCCAAAAGAGGGCAACAACGGAUGAGACGACGAGGCACAUUUAGCUUCCUGUUCAGGAGAAGUGGCUCUCCUAUACGCGGGAGCAGCAAGGGUGAAGAAGGUGGCACGCCUUCACCGAACAGCAUCUCUUCUAGGCUCUUUCGCAACCUGGGGCUCAUCGCCAGCAAGCUGAUCAUAAGGCGAAUCUCUGUGGUUCAACAGAAGCAGGGCGACGAAGACGCUGGCCUUGCAGAUCGAAUCCUUGACCCAGGUUCACCCUCAAGCAGGACAAAAACAUCACUUAACCCAGCACCCGUGAUCCGUUCCAUGCAGAAAUACCCGGAUGUUUCCCAAAAUUGUCUUGCCACUACUACAACGGAGCAUACCGGCUCCACGAGCAAUUACACUGCGAUUGUAGCCACCACCGAUGCCAGAGAUACCAACCUUGCACACCUUCCUUCGAAUACUCCUGUUGCAAAUACGUCUUCAAACCUCGGCGUGCAUAAUGCAUCGGUCCCGUACGAGUCGGAUUCGGUUCGUCGAACCAAACUUUUUGACCAGGAGUUGUCUUCGCAUUGUCAUACACCAGAACACCGCAAGAAAUUAUCCAGUGCUGGCCUUCCUAAGGCCAAAUAUGACGUAGGAAUGCGCCCCGUCAACAAACUGGACCAGAUGGUGGACCAACCACAUGAGAAGCCAACUUACGAGAAAGCGAGUAGGGAGUGUCGCGACGAGAGUGACACGGUUGCUACAGUUAUCACCGCCAACACGCAGGAAGAUGCCGCAAAGCGCCGCAAGAGUAAGACCCGUGGUGACAAAUCAGUCAAGAAAAGUGAGUCCAGAGAGCGUUCACAUAUGGACAACUCCAUUGUCCGAAAGAAACGCAAACGCUCUCGAAAAGAAAGCAAGGACUCUGCAGCAAGUCCGUCCCGCUGCUACAAUCUACGUCCUACAAGCACAGCGUGCAAGCCACCACAGCGACCGCAAGGUGUUAUUGUUCCAUGGUGUGAAGAACAGCCAGAGAAGAAAGGCUCAGGUGGCGACCGUGCCACAAACGAAGUGAGGAGUAGUGGUAUUCAAACUCUCGAAACAAUGCUGACCGCGAAGGACCACCAGAUCGAUGUCAAUGGUCUCCAUUGUCCUCCCUGUGCUGCAGCAGUUGAAACCAUGCAACAGCUAGAUGACGGGAGAAGCAAUGAUGCCCGUCUUACCAUACCCGACGCUGAUGAUGUGAACAAGGAGCCCCCAACGCAAACGGACUCCGGAAAGACCGAAAACGCGGUAACGUCGCAUACCAAGUCAAAGCGCGAGUCUUUUUCACGAUCCAAAUCCCGUGACGAGAAACGCAGGUCAAAGCUUGCCGUUGGAAGCCACCACGGCUCAAAUGUACCAGCAGCCAAAGAUCAUGCUAAGAAAACUAGGAAGCUUGCCUCGAUCGAUGGCACUCACAAGGAAAAGCAAGACGGCAAACGAAGAUCUCAAGAACACACGCGUAUCAAGCUGGCCAAAACAGAAUCGGGGCAAGUGUUGCAGCAACCUAAAGCCGCGGAGACCCAUGUGAACGGGACUGCGCACGAAAAUAGGAACGCACUUGAAGCUCACAAAUCGACUGGGCCAAAGAAACAAGCCACUGCCAAAGACAUCAGCUCCAUUCAGGAUUCCCCAUCUGCGCAGAGCCGAUUACCAUCAAGUCAUCAGCCGCAUCCUGCGCCUAGCACCAAUGGUCUUCCGAUUGGUAGCGCUGGAAACAAGUCGGUAGCAAGCACGCAACCAGCCAGGCGGAAGCAGUCUGUCGUGUCUUUCGGGGCCGAUGUGAAGGAACUGAUGCUGGAAGCAGAGCGGCCCCAGUGUCUCCCAGAAGUGCCCCCGGCCCUAGCGCAUCUAAAGGAAAUGGAUCCUACAGGCUCGUGGCAGAGGCGCCGGUCGACCAUGCCGAGGACUUCCAGCUCUAUGGCUGUACUACGACGGGCAUCCUCGGCUGACAUCGGUGACACACGAUACGUACCCAACGGACCAGUCGAUAUCCAUCCCAGUGUUGCGCAUUCACGCCUGCAAACCACUUGCAGCCGCUCCUCUCGGCGCUCGACAGGCAGCAUGGCGACGAUACUUGACACUGACGCACGUGAACAGAGCCGGCAGACUUUCACACUGCAACGCACAAGCCGCCUACGCAGCUUCGGUGCCGAGGAGACCCUCUCCCGCAGCGCAGACUACCGUGCGUCGAUGUUCGGGAGCCAGCUAGCAACCCAGUACAUGACGGCGGUUAGAAAAAAGAAAGUAAGGAGCGUCCGCACAGACGUACACAACGCCUUCCUGCUGGGCCCGUCGCUCAUGACCGUGCUGGGUAACAUCUGCAGCUUCCACGAGGGUGGCAACAAGGGAGCACUGAGAGUCGCCUGUCACGUGGUUGAAGAGACUUCCCAGCCUCCAGUGAACACCUUCGUGUGGGCGAUCGUGACUCUGCCUGGAGCAGUUCUGGCGCUUGUAACGUGCACCACCGUCAUUUGGCUGCUCUACGUAAGGCCUCAUGAACCACCAUCCUUGUCACCGGAGAACGUGGCGGUCAUCAGAUCUGCUCAAGAGAGGAGCGCAAUCAGGGGAAAGCCAAAAGGUGUGGAGUUGGCAUGUGCCACGUACCUGGCCAUCAUUACGUUGUCGUACGCGCCUUCACUCGUGCUCGGUCUCGAACAGAGGAUGGCUGUGGUGGGCGCACUGGCUUCCAUGAUGCUAGUUACGAAUGUCCUGACAUCUUGCAUUCGAGCCGCCUUCGAGUUUCUGCGCCACGUCUGGGAGACCCUGCCCUGGGGAAUUCUGAUCCUACUAGGAGCGACUCAGGCGGCCUCGAGGCUGCUACAGACCCACGGUAUUCCAAUCGAGAUGUUUAAGUCGGUGUCUGUGGCGGCCUGGGAGGAGUGCAGCGUGCUGGAGGUGCAAGCCGUGCUGGCGUUCGUUGCGUCGGUUCUGGCUGAGACCGCCGACAAGCAGGUCAUCGUCGACAUCAUGGCGCCCAUGGUGCAAACCAUCGCCGAGCUGAAGCAGAUGUACCCGGCUUACUACGCUAUCCCAGUUAUAGUGGGCGCCUCCAGCAACUUUAUCAUGCCUGCGUCGCUGCCACUCGCCAUAUUGCACGAGCUUUCGAGGGUGUCCUUCUGGAAGCUGUUCCUCCUGGGUAUGUUCGCCAAGAUUGUGGUUAUGAGCAUGGUCAUUGUGGCCGUCAACGUGGUGGAGAGGGCCGGCUUCCUCGGUGGCCAGACGCCUGCUCAAUGAUACGACUCCCUCCGGGGCACUGGAAAUUGUUUUAUUCAGUUUGUGCUUUAUUUUUGGCGUAUAGCUUAGUUGUAUCACACGUUAAGCGAGGAGGACCCUCCCGUGGCUUUGAAAUAGUUAGAUACACAACUAUUUAGUCUCUUUGUUCCGUCAUUUCGGCUGAAAGCACUUUUACCAAGACUGCCGUUUUUUUUUUCGUCGAUGUUGAUGGAUGUAUUGAACGUUGUUUGGCGUCGUAACCCACAUGCGCUUGUUACCAAACCAGUGCCCGACCAAGUUAGAUAUGAAACGCCUCGCUUAUAUCUUUCACAGUUGUCGAGACAUCGCCUUGAACUCAACGUUAUUUUUUUUUACAACGAUGACUUGCCCGAAUACGCGCUUUUUUUCUAAAGAACGAACUGGCGCAUGCACAUUUUGCUGCGUAUAACAGUUUCUAUAGGCGCCGCGUCAUUUUUUGAAGUAGAACUGCAUUUUGAUUUACGCAUAAAACGAAUGUUACGCUACCUAAUCGAGAGUUCAAUGCCCGAAUGUUUGCAUAGAAGCUUCAUUCACUGACUACAGAUGACAUGGACACACCGACCAGAAAAGACUUUGGGGAUGGGUGUGUUGCAGCGUGAAGUCAUCUUUUACUUGCAAUGGAGAUAAAGCUUGCCGAGCAUGAAUUGGUCCCGUAAAUAGGGCGACGUUAAAAAUGCGCAAUCGUCUAUAAUUUUUCCAUCUGAUUGUUUUAAUUUGAGUACGUGUGCGUCAAUCUAUGUGUAUGAGCAUAGAUCUGCUCUAUUUGCUGUGCUUUUUUUUACCGCUCGCAGUUUUCUCUUUUGCUGUCUUGCCUCACUUGCGAAAGACUGCCGUCACAGGCGGCUUUUAUUUGCAUUCGUACGGCUGAGAAACAAGGACGCCACAUUAAGCAGCAGAUUUUCAAAGUCCUUCCAAAGGUAUCCUUAAGCUCAGCCAUACAUGCACGUGAUUUGUACGCCAGCUUCCGCGUAUAUAGCUUAUGUAGCGGACGGCACGCAAGUGCCCCAUCCGUGUAGUGGCAGCUGAAUAAAGCCUUCUCUUUGCG